AUGAGUUACCGCUUUUUAUUGACGAGCUUCAUGAACGUGGUCACGUUGUUCAUAACAUUGUGCACAGUUGGUCAUGAUUGUUGCGGAGGUAUCACUCACACAGAAAUUGCACAUCGAGCAGCGUCAUUUUUUCAGCACCACUCCGAUGGUACAGACUAUAGACAGGUAUGUUAUAUACACCAAUCAGACAGUACUGACUAUAGAGGUAUGUUAUAUCACCAAUCAGACAGUACUGACUAUAGACAGUUGAUUGAUCAACAUCAGGAUGCUUUUCAAGCUGGUAAUCCGUUUCCAGAUACCUUCUAUGAUUCAAUUUGUCUACAGGGCAAAUAUCAUGAUGUAUCAGAAGACACCCAUUGGUCUGAAUUUAUCAAUGCCACUGUUAAUUACAUCAGAACAAAAUAUCCUAAGCCGUGGAGUCCAGAAACAGAAAAACUAGUUGUAUUUUUACUUGGCUUUGUUUCCCAUGAUGUUGCUGAUGUCAGCUGGCAUAGUUUGGGAAUUGAUCAAGGAUUUCUACAGACAAUGGGCAAGGUGAAUUUUUAUGGCUCGUUUGAAGACGCUCAUGAUGUUGGUGAUAUAGGAGGAGAUAUUGCUGCACUAUUUGAGUUCAAUAUGGAUUAUAUUCAUUCCCUAACUGAAUGGUACAUCCCUGUACAAGAUCUCAUUGAAAUUUUUCAAGACUUCUAUGCUAAGAAAGUAAUCACUCCAACUAUAUUAGAAGAAUGUGCAGCUUUGAUGUUUCUUGCAAGAUUUGGUGAAAGAAUUGCAGUUGGAGAGUUGUACCCACUGUAUUCAAAGAAAUCACCAUUCUUGAUGGAACAAUACCAGAGUUACUUCCUUGGCGGUGUAGAUGACAUGGCUGUUUGGUCACAGAAUAUUUGGCAUAAUACUAUUCAUAUGAUUGAUCAUGGCAUGCAUGACUGUGAUGUCCCACACAAUCCAUUGUAUAUCCGAUGUCAAAAUUCAUCACUUGCACUGAAGGACUAUGAAAGACACCCAAGAAGAACUCAUUUAUAUUCCAGACUACAGCUAGGUGGUCUUACACUGGAUGAUGUCAUCAUGAAAAGAACCCCUAAGGGAGUGUAUCUUAGUCCAGCUAAAAGUCUGCAGGACAAAUUGCUCAACUUGGAAGAACUAAAAAGAAAUGGUGGGAAUGUUGAAGCUGGUGAUCUGACAAAGCCUGAUGCAACCUACAGUGUUAAAACUCCAUAUACCCAUCUUGGAUGGUUAUACGUAAACAACAACUACCAGCAAGGACGUGUUUAUAUUGUGUAUGGGAAAGUUACAGGAUUGCCAUUACUAGAUAAAGAUUUAAAUGAACAAGCUGAUGUGAUCCUAGAAGGCAUCAAGUAUAAUGGUAGAUUUGGAAGUGCCAUCUUAGUUAUGGAUCUUAAUGUAGAUGGAUUGAAUGAUCUAAUUGUUAGUGCACCUUCUGUCAAUUCAGAAAGUCUUAUGUAUACAGGAGAGGUGUAUGCAUUCUAUGGAUCAAAUUCUGGUCAACUUAGCAAGAAUCCAAACAUUACCAUUACUUGCGAGACUAAGUAUUGUAAUCUUGGACAUUCACUGACAAGUGGAGACCUCAAUCAAGAUGGAUUUGAUGAUUUGGUUGUUGGUUCACCAUUUGCUCCAAUGGAUGGUGGAAACCAAAGAGGGAUGGUCAAUGUACUUUUCUCAAAUACAGAUCUCACUGGUAUGUCAAACUGCCUGUGA